GGAACGCCGGAUGGAACGGAAUUAGAAAGAAAGGAAGUCGCCAGCACAGUUUCUUUAGUCAUUUUAAUCGAAGAUGGACACGACCGACGAUUAUGAAAAUGACUCGUGUUUCUUUCCUUCUACCAAAAGCGUCUCCUUGGACGUCGAGGACUUCAGGCGGAGGAUGAUCAUGGCUCACAAUGGAUAUCGAGAUCUGCACGGCAGUCCGAAGCUGACCUUGCUACAAGAACUGGAAGAUGAUGCACAGAUAUGGGCAGAGACCAUUGCUGCCAAAGGGUAUUUGCAGUAUUGUGAGAAGCUUCACAAUAUCGGCGAAAACCUCAGUAGUAUUGAUUUGCUGACGUCAGAACCACUGAGCGCCGAGCGGAUAGUGCACAACUGGUAUAUGGAGAUCAAGAAUUAUAGCUUCGCUGAGCCGAGGUGGAGAAGAGGUGCAUUCCAUUUUACACAGUUGGUAUGGAGAAACACUUCUCAUAUUGGCAUCGGUAUUGCUCCAGUUCCCGGAGAGCCUCGACUCUUUAUUGUCGUUCGGUAUUUUCCCGGAGGAAAUUCGAACUAUCCUGGUGAAUUUGAGAAGAAUGUUCGACCCCGAAUCUCGAAAGGAUCCACAGGUUCACUGGACGAGGCGUCGUUCCUCCGAACGUAUUCGAGAACUCGAAGUUUGAUAUUUGAGGAUGCAUAUAUAUGAUGAAUACGAAAACUCUCUACUGAUGGAUAUGACUUCGGAAAUAUGGUUCGGAAUAGAUGUAUUUGGAUUUAAGUGAAAUACAGGAUGGCCAUAAAAUAACUUUUACUGUUUGGCGGCAUCUGCAGCUAAAGCGAAUGAAGGAAAUGAAGCCACAUUUCAUAUACAGACUGUUGAAGGCAUGGGAAAAUGAGCUCCGCAGAAAAAAAUAAUAGUACUGAAAGUAGCCAAUAGGGGAAAUACCGGCGCUGUGGAAGUACAGUUAUGAAUAAAGUCAUGAAAUUCACAGAAAAUAAUCUUUUAUUCAUUAACAUUAGGAUUCCCUGGACGCCGUGCAACACUUUCAAUAUGCUGACCCUCCCUGUGCACAACAUAUUGCAUUCGGUGUAUGAUGUUCUCUACUACUGAGUGUAAAUUGUCAGUUUCGAUGUUCACAACAGCCCUUCUUAUGUUCAAUUUCAAGACAUCUUUGUUCGGAACGUCACCAACGUACACUACGGAUUUCAAAUAUCCUCACAGCCAAUGGUCACAUGGGGUGAUAUCCGGGAAACGGGGUAGCCAUUCCAUCUGAAAAUAUUGACUGAUAACUCUCUUAGUAUCGAAAUUGUAUUACACCGUAGAACAUUUUUGCCUGUAAAGCACGCCGAGGUAGGACCCAUAUUAAGUACACAUCAACAGCUAAUCACGAACAACAGUCAUGAACACAUGAAUAGUCAAGAACGAAUUCCUAACAGGUCCUUUGUUCUUCCCUUUUUUCAAGAAAUGCAUGGCGCUACUGUCAUGCACGCACUAGGAAUUUAGCAUAAUCCAUUUCGUUUUGCAAAUUCUCUCGUCUGUCCGAGACAGCAGCACCAAUAUUCUCCCUAUCGGCAACAUUUGAUACUAAUUUUUUUUUUCUGCCGAAUUUAUUUUCCCAUGCCUUUCACAGUCUGUAUAUGAAAUGUGGUUUCAUUUCGUUUAUUCGUUUAGCUGCAACUGUCGCCAAACAAUAAAAGCUAUUUUAUUGUCACCCUAUAUAUUUAUAAUAAAAAUGACUUUUAAUAAAACA